AUGUCGCAAAAUCUGCAGCAGCCCAGCGCGGUGCAGUCGUCUUCCGACCUCCCGCCCCCGCGCGAGCGCAAACGCGUUACGCGCUCCGUGUCUCCCCCGCUCUCCCACGUCCCGCUCUCGCGCUUCAACUACAUCAUCGCGCUCCUCGCUGCCGCGCUCCUCGCGUUCUAUGCCUGGCGUGUCGCGCAGUGGAAGGCCGAGGUGGGGGGCUGGUGGAACCUUGCGCUUGGCAGGCGGCCGCCUGCAAUCCAGAACCAGAACCACAUGAACGGUGCGAAUGGCGCGUGGGCGGCGCAGCCGGACGAUAGCAAGCGAAAGGAAGGCGAGCCUGACGUGGAGCAGCGCAUCGAGGAGCUUGCGAGAGCGCUGGGCGUUUCUAGCACCGACCUGGCGGGCGCAAUUGCAGGUGUCGUCCGGGAGUUCGUUCCCCCUGCAAGUCUAUCGUCGGUCGCAGCACACGAGACUGGCAAUGCCGUAAAAUACCUCGUUGACCCAUCCAGCGCGUCCUCGUCCGCUGCUGAGGAGGCUCCCGGAGCGACUGCCAGUAGAGGGGUUGGAGCAAUGUUACACGCAGUUGAGGCUGCAGUUGGGAUGGACGAACCACCUAGCGAGCUCGCAAGUGACGCCUGA